GCUGCGUUUCACUAGAAGCUCGAACUCCGGUGCAUCUGUACAGUAUAUUACAACUGCAUACAGCAAACAGCACACUAGGAUGUAACCAUUUCCACAUGAUUUAUACAGCUUCUUAAUUCCUUUUCUUCUUUUUUUUAAAGCAAAUAUAUUAUUUUACUAAAUUGCAAUCACUUAUUGUUAUGCAAGGAAUAACUUACCAAAAAAAAAUGUUCGCCGACGACUUUUUCGGCUGGGAAAGCCAGCGAUCGACUGAAAGGAAGACUCGCCCGAAGCACUGAAAAGGGAUUAUAAUAUCUGGGCCGCGUUUCAUUUUCUUGGUGUCCCUGUUGGAUUUGGGGGGAUUUAUCCGUUUCCACGCAAUGGAAGGCCGUGAUUUCGCUCCUCCGCCCCACCUCCUGUCUGAGCGGAGCGCGCUGGUUCACCGCGCCGCGUCUCGGAUAGCUUCAGCCGGCCACAGCAACGUACAACACCCCGGCCACUUCCAGCCUGGAAAAUACUACCCGUCCCCCAUCCCCAUGGCUCCGCACUCAGGCAGCGGAUUGAUGGGCAACUCCUCUGCAUCCUUCAUGGGGACCUUCCUGGCUAGCAGUCUGGGGUCGCCCCCCUCGCACCCGCCCCACCCCUCGGGACCGCCCUCCUCCCCCUCCGAGCCCUCCUUCCGAGGGGGUCCCCACUCCAGCGCCUCUCAGAUCUGGUUCCCCCAUUCGCAUGAAGCAGCCCCAGGGUAUCCCCGCUUUUCAGGGAGUCUGGCCUCCACCUUCCUUCCCAUGAGCCACCUGGAUCACCAUGGCAACAGCAGCGUUCUCUAUGGACAGCACCGUUUCUAUGACACCCAGAAAGAUAACUUCUACCUGAGGGGCCUCCCCUCUCAGCCAGCUCUUCUGUCGGCCAAUCACAGCUUCCCGCCCAUCUCUCGGGCAGCCCCGGGCCACCCGCUGGGGUCCUGCAGCCGGGAGCGGGACGGGGGCGGGGGGCUGCACAAGAGCCUGAAGGAGGGGGGCGGGGAGCGCGGGGUGGUGCUGGGCGCCAAGGACAAGGACAGGGCCGGCAGCAAGCAGGAGGCCAAGGACAGGCAGCAGCACGGGCACCACCCGGGGUCCCACCAUCACCCCCAGCACCCGCAGCACCCGGCCGGCCUGGAGGAGGAGAGCGGCAGGGCCCUGGAGCGGCACAAGGCCGGCCUGGCGCUGGACGGCAAGGAGGACCCUCUGGGCAGGGGCAAGCACCUCAGCGCCUGCCUGCUGAGCGCCAAGGUGCUGAACGGGGAGCCCGGGGCCGGCGCCAAGGGCCCGCUGUCCAGCUGCGGGCACCCGGCAGACUGCCUGGAGAGCCGGCAGAUGCUGCACCACUCCGUCUCGUACUCCGUGGCCCCUCCCCUGUCCAUGAGCUCCGCGGCCGGCAGGGGGGACCCGGGGGGCUUCCCCUGCCUGCAGCUGCACCCCAGCCACCCCCACCACCCGCACCACCACCACCACCACCACCACCACCACCACCCGGACUUCUACUGCCCCCCGCCCCCGCCCCCGCUGGCAGUGCCCUCCGCGCAGGAGAAGGGCUCAGCCGGCGGCGGGCGCGAGCUCAAAGUCACGGGGCCGACCUUCGUGCCUUCGGUGGGGCACCUGGGCGACAAAGCGAGCGGGCCCUUCCAGCUGGCCAACCCAGACUGCCGGGGCGGGGGCGGAGGCGCCAAGGACAAAACCUUAGACAAGAACAACAACAGUGGCAGCGGCCCUCCCAGCAGCUGCCAGAGAAAGCAGCAUCAGCAGCAGCAGCAGCAGCAGCAGCAGCACGCCUAUGGGAAGGCAGACAAGGCUCCCGACUGGCUGCAAAGUAACCAUCAGCACUUGCAGCAGCAGCAGCAGCAUCACCCCAGCGCCCGAUCGCGGAGCCUGGAGUGCAUCAGCAGCGCGGACUUGGACCUGUUCAGGCCCUCCCUCCCUCAGGGGGCCAAGGGCGGCCCCUCGGGAAAGAGCGGCCCCUACGUCAGCACCCCCCCCUUCCGGGACUGUUCUCACUCAGGUCCUCCCACCUCGCAGCCGUCCGAAGGGAAAGCGGUCCCACCGCAGGGCGGCGGCGGUGGGGCUGGGUGCACUUUGCAGCGAGACGGGCAGAAAGUGGCUCGGAUCAGGCACCAGCAGCACAACCGGCCCGGGCCGGACAGCACUUCCAGUGAGUUGGCGCAGGGCAGCAGCGGGCAGGACAUGAAAAGGAAGCUGGAGUUGGCGUCACUUGGGUACAGCAUCAGCGGGCAGCAGCAGCAGCAGCAGCAGCAGCAGGCGCUGCCUUCCUGGGCAGCGCGAGGGCACCAGGCGCAGGUGGAGGAGGAGCAGAGGAAAGCCUACCUGGACUCCUUCAGCAGCAGGCAGCAGGGCCAGCCCCAGCAGCAGGGCAUGGCCUCCCAGAACCAGCAGGAAACUGGGCAGCAGGGCAGCCAGGGAGAGAGCAGCGCCAUGAAGAGCCUCCUGAAGUACAGCACUCAGCAGCAGCCCCUCCUGCUGUCCCAGAAGAGCCCCUUUGGGGGCCUGGGCAGCCUGAAGACCGCCGGGGGGGGCGGUGGCGGCGGCGGCGGCGGCAGCAGCUGCGCCCUGCAGGACGCCAAGCAGGCCCUGCCCCCCAGGAAAGGCCCGGCCAGUGACGGCGAGAGGUCGGACUGCAGCGGGCGGGGCCGGGAGGCGGGCGACGCCCCCCACGGGGAGGGGGAGGUGCGGCAGCCGCCCGUGGGCAUCGCGGUGGCUGUGGCGAGGCAGCGGGAGCCGCCCUGCCGGCCCCUGGAUGGGCACCCUGGCCACAGCCGGCAGGGCAGGGUAUUACCGGCCAUGAAAGGGGUGUCCCGCUCUGUGUUCCCUCUGGACCCGGACAGCGAGGAGGAGAGGAGGAGGUUGUGUGAGGACCCUCUGGGGCUGCCCUGCCUGGACCGGGAGAGAGAGCUGCUCAUCAGAGACAACAAAGAUCGGGUGGAGUUUGCCAGAAUCCAUCCCUCCAGCAGCUGCCAUGGUGAUCUGACCUCUCACCUCAUGGUGACAGGUGGAACUUCCUUACAGGCCAGCCAAUUAGGAGCUGACCCAGCAGCACAUGCCCAUCCAGCUCAUCACCAUUGGAUGCCACGGACAGGAAGUCCCUCCUUAUGGAUGACGGGACAUUCCUACGGGAUCAGCCAUGCAGCUCUGCACCAGAACCUACCCCCUGGCUUCUCUGCAGCCAUGCCCAGCCCCCUGCAGCCCGUCCUGCCCAUGCCACAAGACCCUCCCACGCAGCUGGUAGUACUGCCCACAGAGCCGGCUGCCCACCCCGCCACCCACCACCUCGACGUGAUGGAGCAGCCUUCGCUGUGGCCGCCGGUGUACGGCACCCGAGGGCCCGCCUCUCACAUGCAGCACCCCGCCGUCUAUUCCCGCUCCCAGUUUCUACGGCAACAGGAGCUCUACGCUCUGCAGCAGCAUCAGCACCAGCAGCAGCAGCAGCAGCAACAGCAGCACCACCAGCAGCAGCAGCAGCACCAGCAGCAGCACAGGGCGGCGCAGGCUGUGGAGUUACAGCACAGGCACAGCCACUCCCAGCGGAAGGCGGAAGACCCAUCCAUGGAGCUGGACAACGUGCUGCCCGAGCCCCGGACCCCCAAGACGUCCAAGCCUUUUUCCUUUGCCCCUUCCAACAAAAGCGUCCCCUCCCCCAGUGCCUGUGGUGCCAGGCUGUCCCCCUGCUGCCGUUCUCCCUCCCUGCGCCCGCACCCCAAGAGCACCCCUUGCACCCCUUGCCCUGCCCCCAGCCCUGCCGCUGCUGCCCCCCGCUCCCCUGCCCUCAGCCCUGCCCCUCCCCACGCCUCCAAGGGGGCAGAGUCACAGGACAAGAGAGGGGAGGGGCAGCCGCCACAGGAUUACCCACAAUCCCUGGAGCCUGACCUACCACCUGGAUAUACUUAUCCUGCCAUUACCAUGGGUUACAGCAGUGGCCCCUCCCCCCAGGAUGUGCGAUUGGCUGAGCCAGCAGACCUGGAGGCUGUGCAGGCGGAGCCAGCUGAGCCCACCCCUCGUUCACUCUCCUCUGUGGGGGAGGGGCCUGAGUGUGAAGAGGUCGUGACCCCUAUGAGGACGUUAGAGGAGGAGGAACCAAAAGCUGUGGAGCCUGGGGGGGGCGUGGAGGGGGGAGGGUCUGUGCCCUGCUGCACCCCCCCUGAGCUGGAGCAGGGCAGGUUGUUCACCUGCACCGCUACUGAGGACGAGAUCUCCGAAACCCCGGUGCCCUGCCCCUCUGCUCCCACUUCUCCGACUGUGGCGCGGGACGUGGUAGAGGACUCUUUGAUAUGCAAUGAAGAUGUGGGCUUGGGAGAGGAAAGGCAAGGGAAGCAGGAGGAAGAAGGCGAGAGAGAGGCGGGCUCGGAGGAGAGAGAAGAGGACCUGGCUCCGGGCUGCUCCGCUGACAUCCACGCCUCCGACACGGCAGACAACGAAACAUCUCUAGACCCUGGGAGAAAAACUCCCAGCGAAGCCUCUGUGGAGCUGCUGAGCAGCCCCUUGCCCACCCUUUCCUCUCCACAAUCCGGUGACCUCAGGCACAGUACCUCGGGGGCCUGGGUGGAUUCCUUCUCGCUGACAGAGUGGCCAGCCGUGCCCAGCAGCAGCCUGGAGCUGCUGAUUGCUGCCGCCCUGUGCGCAGAGAGAGACGACCCUCCCCCUCCUUCCCCAGCCGGGCUGCCCCAGAAUUGCCCAGGAACCCGUGGCAUGGAGCUGCUCAGUGAGCUGGCGUACCUAGAGCUGCAGCAGCAUAGGAAGAGCGUGGGACAGAGCCAAGGAGAGGAGCUCUUGACCUUUGACCUGCAGAGCCUGGCCACCCUGGCAGCGGCGCGGUCUCUGGAGCUCAGCCCCCUGGAGGUGGGCAGGCCGGGUACGGAGCGGCACUGCCCGGUCCGCCGGGCUCUCAACCUGCGCAGGAAGUGCAGCUGGACUCCGCGACACGAACCGGUGUGCCCGGUGAAAGUUGCCAUGGAGACCAUGGAUGGGCAGGAGCUAGCCAUGCGGGUCAGGCUGGCAGAGCUGCAGAGGCGCUACAAGGAGAAGCAGAGAGAGCUGGCCAAGCUGCAGAGGAAACACGACCACCAGAAAGAAGAAACGUCUCGCAGCCCUGCCCGGCGCGGCCCGGGGCGGCCCCGAAAGCGGAAGUGUGCCCCGGGAGGGACCGUGGUCACGGCAGAGGCCCCAAGGAGAGUCAGGUCCCUGGGCGCAGGCCUCGAUGUGCUGUGUGAGGAUCUGCGAGGAGGAGAGACCCAGAGGAAGAAGAAAAAAUUGACCAAUCGGAGCUUCGAUCGCCUUAACUCAACCCAGAUGAAGGCACGGUGUGGUAAGCAGAGUGGCCGCCAGGGGGCGCUCAGCUCCAAGCUGGCCAGGAAGGUGUCGCAGCUGAAGCAGAAAGCCAAAGCGAAGCGCGUGGCCCCAGCGGGGGCCGCGUUCCGGCGGAGAGAGACGCAGACGCCCAGCGUUGCUCCCCCACGGCUGUGUCGAGGCCAGCGGCCCCCCGGUGCAGAGGAGAAGCGGGCGGGCCUGGCUGGGGGCCACACUGACACCGCAGGCAGGGCUGACCGAGCUGCGCCGGAGGGCUGGGCUGGCAGGGUGCUCCUGAUGCGGAGGGAGAGGAAGGGGCCAGUCGCUCGGCUGCCACCCAGGGCCAGGAGCCUCCGCGCCGGAAACGGCAAGCCCAAGCAGGAGGCGGCGGAAGAGAAGGAGACAUCCCCUUCGGAGAGCGAGUCCUCGGAGCAGGAAGAAGAGGAGGGUAGCUAUGACAGUGAGGAAGGAGAUGACAACAUCAAGGCCCCGCCUUCAAAAGACCCGCCUCCGAGCUCAGCCCUGAUUGGUCCAUCCCCUUCAUCGGUCGUGAAAUUAGAAGCCAAUCAAAAAGCCAAGAACAAGAAGGAGAGACAGAGGCUUCUGGGGGCCCUGCGCCUGUCGGGGGUCGACGGGGAGGUGAAGGUGAGGAAACGUGGGCCCUGCAAGGCCACCCCUCUCAGUGCAGCGAAGAGGAGGCUGGGCCCCCGGGAGCAGGAGGGGGGGAAGCGGAAAAGGCCCCCCAGGCAGCAGCAGCAGCAGCUGUGGGGGCCGCUGGGCUCUGGGGGCCCUUACCGGCGGGGCGCGGCACCCCACGCCCUCCCCACGCCCAGCGAAAGGCUGAAGAAGGCCACGCGGAAGAGCGGGGGGCUGCCGAGAGCGCUGAGCAAGGACAAGGGCGGCUGGCUGGGGGGAGUUCAGUGUGCACGGAGACCAGAGAACGUGAAGGGCAAGAGGAUCAGCAGCAAACAGUCCAAGGGCCGUGCGGUCAGUCGUCUGCUGGAGAGCUUCGCGGCGGACGAGGGGUUUCAGAUGGACGAGGACACCAGCUUCUCCGAGGGGGACGGGGACCACACGCCCCAAGGGGCACCGCUGCAGAGCCGAAGGAGCCCACCAGCCGUCCCGAACUGCACCCUGGCCAAGGAGCUGCUGGUGGACGGGCUGAAGGUGUUGAUCCCCAAGGAGGACGAGCUGCUGUACGCCGCCUACGUCCACACGCUGCAGCUGCCUGACAUCUACAGCAUCGUGAUCGAGGGGGAGAGAGGAAACCGGCCGAGAAUCUACUCCCUCGAGCAGCUGCUGCAGGAAGCGGUGCUGGAUGUGUGCCCAGAGUCUGAAGCUGUGUUGGCAGCAGGUACCCGAGUCUGUGCAUACUGGAGCGAGCGAUCACGCUGUCUGUACCCAGGCUAUGUGCGCAGAGGAGGUCCUGGUGAGGAUGAGAAGGAAGGCAGUGUCAUGGUGGAGUUUGAUGAUGGAGACAGAGGACGGAUCUCCCUUUCCAACAUUCGCCUCCUGCCACCAGAUUACCAGAUCCAUUGCACAGAACCAUCCCCGGCCUUGCUCAUCACCAAUGGGUCUCGCCGGUGCCGGAAGAGCACAGCAGAGAAACCUGCGCCAAGUGACACGUCUUCAGAGAGGCCCGAGAACAACGAGAGGACACGGAGCCCAGAGAAGAAGACUGCCACAAAGGCCAAGCCAGGCAAACCAAAAACCAUCAACUCAGGGACAAAAAGUCCAGUGUCAGAGGGCCCGUGUAAGACUAGCACGCCGCUCCUUGGUUGGCCUGCUGUGGCAGUUCCCAAGAAGAGGACUCCUCACAACCUGUUCCAGCUCAACGGGACCCCAAAGAAAACCCUCAAGGGCAAGGAGGCUGAUGUCUUCCCCCUCCUCACUGCCCCAGCAGCUGCCCCUGCCAAAGGCAUCUUUAGCAGCUCCUUUGAGGUGGACUCCUUCAGCAGUAUCGCCAAUGGAUACUCACAGUUUGGCAGCCAGCCCUCCAUGAUGUCACUUAGCCCCAGGGACUGCACUCCUGCCAGCAGGGGCAGGAAGCCCAGUGAACCAGGACUUAAGGGUAGGAAGGCAGGGAGUGCAGAGUUUCUGGUCAAACUUGACCAUGAGGGGGUGACGUCUCCCAAGACCAAGAAUGGGAAGGCUUUGUUGCUCCUAGGGGCCCCAGGGCACGGCAACAGAAUGGAGAAGGCCUUUGGGGCCAAAGUAACGGAGAUCUCCUCGCCUAUGGGAUACUCCCACCCCAUCCUUCUUGUCAAGGACAAUAAGAAAAGUGGAAGCACCAGGGCAGAGCUCCUGCUGAAAGGUGCCACACAGCUACGCAAACCUUCUUCUACCCUGGGCCUGGGGGAGUACACCGAGUUUGGGCUGAACUGCCACAGUGACUGCCAUAGCUCGUACUCUGACAUGGACGAGGAAGAUGAAGAGGAAGAUGAAAGGAGGGCCGCUCUGGCUGCAGCUUCAGGAGGCCUGAGGACAGCGGGGCGCUUCCUCUCCCGGCUGUCCGUCUCCUCAUCUUCAUCGGGAUCCUCCAGUUCCUCCAGCUCUGGUUCGCUUUCCAGCUCCAGCCUGUGUUCUUCUGACAACGACUCUUCCUACAGCUCAGAGGACGAGGAAGGUUCCACACUGCUACUGCAGAGCUGCCUGUCAUCCCAUCAUGCUCUUCUACAGCCCCCCGAGCCUCCCUCUGGCCCAUCACAGCGAUCCUUUGUGGCCAAAGCCAUGGCUGUCCCUAGCAGCAAGGGCGGCGGCAACAACAGCACCAACAAACCUCUGAAAAGGAAAGAGGUUCCCAGAACUCCCUCCUCUGUCUCCUCAACCAAAAACCCUAAGGAUCUGGCCAAAAGACAGAGGCUGCCGUCCGUUGACAACCGACCCAAGAUCUCGGCUUUCCUGCCAGCACGGCAGCUCUGGAGAUGGUCUGGGAACCCCACCCAGAGACGCGGCGUGAAAGGCAAGGCGCGGAAACUGUUCUACAAGGCCAUAGUCCGCGGCCGGGAGACGGUGUGCGUGGGCGACUGUGCAGUGUUCCUCUCUGCUGGCCGGCCGCACCUGCCCUACAUUGGCCGCAUCGAGAGCUUCUGGGAGUCCUGGGCCAGCAACAUGGUGGUGAAGGUGAAGUGGUUCUACCAUCCCGAGGAGACCAAGUUGGGCAAGCGACACCGGGAUGGGAAGCAUGCCCUGUACCAGUCAUGCCAUGAGGAUGAGAACGAUGUUCAGACCAUCUCCCACAAGUGCCAGGUAGUGAGCCGGGAGGAGUAUGAGCACCUGAGCCGUGGCAGGAAGCACAACAACAGUCAGGACCUCUACUAUCUGGCAGGGACCUAUGACCCUACAUCUGGUCAGCUGGUCACCGCUGAGGGCGUAUCCAUCCUCUGUUAGUGGUACCGUUCAGGCUCCUGACAUAGCUGCUGAAGGAUCUGUCCCAACUGGUCAACCUUGGAUUAACAGUCCUGAAAGUGGGCAUUGCAAAAGAGCACUGGGGAUCGUUGUGUCAGCACUUGAGGUGUAUCAGUCUUGUUCAUUCGUCUGAACGUCUAACGUUUUGAGAGGGCGCAAUAUGGAUGUCAUGUGUGUGUGGCCACACAAGCUAAUAUCUGAGCAUGACUACCACUUCCCCACGAGCGACUACACCUGAGAACCAUGUUAGAACAGCACAGCCCAGCCGUUCUCCUCAUCCGCACUGGGCAGAAGUGGGCACCUCAGGACGUCGCAGUAGGUGGGGCUGUUGCAGCCAGCGGCGGGCAACAGGAACAGCCCGGCCUCUAGGAUUCAACCCAGGGAUGACAGCGUCCAGGACUGACCUUCCUCCUGGCAAGUAGCUGAGGGAUUCAGCCAGAUUCUUGAGAAUGAAUGGCUUGUGUUCGUGACGCAGGCGGUUUUCCAUGAAACCAGUGAAGCACCAAGGGGAUGCAAUGAAGCAUUUACUGUCAUACGUUUAACCAUGACAUUUAACACUCCUCCUGCAAGAAUAAAUUGCUCUGAAAAUUUCCUUUAGGAAAAGAUGCAAGAUCAAAACUCUUAGUUUCUCGGGCAGACCGGGGUUCUGUUGCCGGCACACCUGACGGCUUUUUAGAAAGAUUAGCAUUCGAUUUGACCGGCACUAGCACUUCUCAGACCCUGGCUUGGGUAUUGCACCCUGGUAGCUAAAAGUACCCAAAGUGCACUUCAGUUGCAGGUGAUGUGAGUCCUGAAUCCUCACCAGCAAACACUCGGCCUCCGCCCCCUGCCUGGACACGUUGUACUGUUUGUCUGCAUCGCAGCAGGGGAGAGAUCAUCAACACUCAAGGUUUUGGAAACAUGCUCCGCGUGGACAGCCGCACAAGACUCUCCAAGCACCCGACUGUACACUGGGCAACUUAAUGAAGAAGUACCUGUCAUCUCAUCCUCACACGCCGCAGCGGAGGCAUGUCCGUUUGUGUGUCGGAUCUGGCUCCCUACAUCUUGAGCAUGAGAGAAUUAGGCCUCUCGCGCCAGUAGCCCGGUUCGGAGACGCAUGAUUUCUCCAGCUGAGGUCUUGCCGUUUUUAGGGCCGCUACCUGUAAUCAAGGCACUGAGCAGCAUCACCAGGAGCUUCUGUGCGGCGCUGUGUUUCUGACGCCCUCCGGCCUGUAGGGCACAGGCUUGAGCACAUUAAGUUGCCAGGAGUCCGUUGUGGAAAGAAAAUAACAUGUGCUGAAAGGGCAUGUAGAGAGGAUUGAACUGGUCUGAAAUGGACCAUUCGAUACAGGCUAAUCUCCAGACCUCAUUUAGAUGUUUCCAGGGAUGUUUUUAAAGAGACGUAAAUAUAUAUAAAUAUAUAAAUAUUUUUUUUAAAAGAAAGGAAUGAUGUUUCCUAUCAAGCCAUACACUACAGUACCUCUGCCUGUCAUCUGAAUCAGGUGUAAACUGUACAGGUCAAUUAUCUCUGUGUGUAUAUAUGUAUAAAUAGUAUCUGGAAAAUAUAAUUUCACUUAUAAUUUUUUUUUUCCUUGAUUGAAUGAAAGAUUGGUGAUUUUUUUUUUAUUUUGCCGUUCUUACGAAAGUUAUAAAUUAAAAAAUCUCGGUAUAAAACCCUGCACUGUAUGAGUCCUGCUGAGGUGGGGGGCAUUUGUGAAAUGUUCUAAAUGGUUCAGAAGAAGGAAAUAAGGGUGGUUUAUCGGAGCGCUCUUAUAAAGGUCAAAUUAGGUUAUUUGGACCAUUCUCGUUAUGUACCUGCUUCAUUUUGUUUUGUGCAACAGAAAACGAGUGUCUUUUGAAAUGUAUUUUAUUUCCAAAUGGCCGUGCUGUAUGAUCAGGAAAUCGUAGACUACUGCCUAGGAAACUAAAGCAAGCUCCAGUGGGACCCAGGCGGCUGGUGGAGAGUGGGCAGGAGUCUGGCUAGGGAACUCCUUCGCUUGCACUCCUGCCUCUUCUUCUCUGUCGCACAGGGCUCGUUACAGCUCAGCGCGUCCUCUCGGAGCUCAGGGAGGGCACCCAAGGCCCGAACCCUUCUCGGGGUCUGUGGGUUUGUCCUUGGUCUCCCACAGCCCAGACUGCUGAACUGCGCGAAGCUGGGUGGCAGUGGUGUGGUGUGGAUUUCUGUGCAUGAAGGCACUGGGCUGAAAUAAGCGGGCUCACGCCACAUGCAGCCCGAGGCAGGUGUGACCCCUCCGGGCCACAACAGGGGUACCGCUGUACAAUCUGUCACUUUAACUCCUGCACCUCCAGGCCCCCUGAUUUAAGAAUAGCCUUCAGCAGUCAAAAGCUGUCUUUUAUCAUGACAGGAUCCAACAGAAUCGGACGUGUUCGUCUGGCAGCCUAAAUUCUUUCUGAACCUGCUUCCCAAGCCUCGUGAAAGAGUGAAAUUUUAAAACUUGCAAAAAGAACAACAGUUCAACACUUUUUCCUCCACAAAAUGAAAGCCUGAACUAUUACUCCAGGUUUAGUGUUUGCUGCUAAGGGUCACAGUGAAUUAGAGAUGUGUUUAGAGAUCUCUUUUCUGUGAAGUGUUAAACUACUUCAUGCAAACAAAUGAUUCUUAAGACAUUUCCUGAUUAAGCCCUUCCUGCUGUUUAAAGCUCACUGAUAAAAUACUAAAAGAAACUUAGUUUCUUACUACUUGUUUGAAAAUUAGGGGAGUGUAGCUGAUACAGAUCUUAAUCCUCUGAAACUGUUGUUAAAAAUUAAAAUAUAUCCAUUUGUUUGGCUUUUAAAACCAAAGGACCUUUAAGGGUUUUAUAAUUUCCUUUUUCACAUCGUGUUUUAAACAUAUGAAAUCAAUUGAGAAAUCGUUGUUCCGGGAGCCUGCAAUUGAACUUUCGAAGCAGUAGAAGACAGUGUGUGACAGUAUGUGGUCUUGUGUUGUAAAUGUGUGUGACACACAGCACCACAUGUGCACAGACACACACCAGAAGCACUUGGAGGCCUUUCUGGGCCUUGCUCAUGGUACCUGUGAAGGACAAUCAUAUUAUCGCAAGAAGGCAGUUGGAGAGGUUCAAUCAAAAUGUUACCAGGUCACAUUUUUGCUUUUUGCCAAAUACAUUUUUUUGUUGUUGUUGUUGUUGUUGUUGUUGUUGUGUCCUUGUUAAUGUUGUUGUUGUUGUCAUGCAAUAUGCAAGCCCAUAUUUACUGCGCUGAUCACUGUCCUGCUCAAGGUAAAUGUUUAUAUCAGCUCGUCAUUGACGGAUUUGUUUUCUGCUGUUGUUGCUGUUACUUUGCAAAAUCAAUAGCUUUAAAGAAAACUGGUGUGGGGCAGAUGAUGUCGCUUUCAAGCACAUCUUCUCCAAUGAAAGGAAAGCCUGUUUGAAAUCUAAAGCCCAUAGGCAGGAUUUUCAGGCUGUGUUUACCCAAAUUAAGCCUUUUCUCAGUCAUGGACAAAACUUUCCAGGGGGUCAUUAUGAGUACAGUAAUUUCCUGAAGCACUAGUGCCGGUAUUAAUGUUGAGGCCAUCAAAUUGAUGUAGGUGUUUUAAAUGUGUGCAUCUACGUCGCCUUUAGCCUUCUGUGCAACACACCCGUACAACAUUUAAGUAUUGUAUACAUUGUACAAAGAAUUUCUGAGAAAUCAUCACACAAAGCACGGUAAAAAAUUAAUAGAAACAUUUACCUUUUGCAUUUGUAUUUCAUUACUUUCAUCACCACACAAUUCAUCAAAAAUUUGAUUUGAAAGUUUCCUCAAACCUGUGCCCCCUGACAGUCCUCUGAAAAGCAGUGGUUAUAUGACUGGAUGUGUCCCUGGACCUAAAUCAGAUCAGUAACAGUACAGGAAGACAGGAAUUCUAACACUCCUUUCAUAUCUCAUGUUGGGUCAGCACAGGAAGUGACAUCAUCCCACACCAGCUCAUAACCCCACCCCCAUGGCUGCUGUGAUCCUGGGGUGGAUAUGGUUAUUAAUAUGGUUUCAAAGGUUAUGGAGUAAUAAAUAUUAAAUCUGUUUUUUGAUUAUUUAUCUUUAUUUUAUUGCCUUGCAUUGCAUUUAAUUAAAAUUGCUAUGGUGUAGCUUCUAAGCAGUUUGGUUUAAAUUAAUGUCUAUGUAUAUGGCUCACAUUGUUUUUUUAAUAUAUUGUAUGUUUUAAAAUGUUCUUUGUUAGAAGUGGAGGUGGGUACUUCCAGUGGUUAACGGGAUCUCUUCAAAUGACCUGUGCUUGUACUAUGAGUUUUGAAAAUGGGAAGUGGAGCUUUUCUUUCAAAUAUUUCAAGCAUUAACUUUACUGUAGAAAAAAACAUUUAUAACACAAAGACUUUUAUUAUUGUUCUGUUUUUUUUUCCCAUUUCCCAAAAAAAAACAGAUUCUGUGAUUCUUAUGUAGAAGACCACUACAAAAUGCAUAACACUUCUCCACAUUGAAAUCCAGAGUCAAAAUUCAGUAACAGUAGUUAUACUGUUCGUCUUUGACAGGUUAACGAGAUUGCUUGAAAUUCUGGCUGUAAUGUAUAUAAUGAUAUUCUUUGCUGUAUAUUUCUGUACCAUACAAAAACACUGUAAAUCUGGGAACCUAACAGUUUUUUUCCAUGUGGCUGUAAGAUCUGAGGAACAGCUCUGAACAGUUGUUUUUGUUUUAUUUGUGUGUGUUUUGUUAAACUUGUCACAGUGCAUUCUGGGACUCUUGGUCCUGUAUCUCUUAAAAUGAAAGACACUGGCCAAAAAGUUGUGAAUGUACUGAGAUCGGGGAGUGAAAACUAACUUGUAUAUAAACUGUGAUCUUUUCCGAGCUGUGUCUGAGAUCCUGGAGCCACGUGGUGACUCAAAAGCCUUAUAGUCUAUAGAGGUUAUUGAAUUCACUUGAUUGCUUAAGUGUAUCUGCAUCUCAGUUAUAACUGACUUGUUAUUAUUCCUGCUAAUAUGAAGGUCAGACUGUUCCUGGUUAGGAGUUGGGAGGGGGAGAAAACUUGCCUCAAAAGAAAGCAAGCACGAGCAAAAGUGUGCAUUUGCGCAGGUAUGCGCACAUGCACAAGAGAGAGGAAGUGAUGUCAUCAUUAGGAGACAGGCCACUCUCUCCAAGGCGCAGGUGCAAUACUACUACAAUGUACAGAACUGCAUUAAUAUUCAGCAGUUAGACAGCAUUUAAGAAAAAGGCUUAUUAGCCAAAAGAAGGGACAAGGGGGACGCAGGAUCGUUUAUCCUUGUGCUCUCUUUAUUUAAAUCAGCUAUCAUUUAAGAGAAUAAAAGAGGUAAGGUUUAAAACGUGUACCUAAAAUACAAUUUUUCUCAGAGUUGCUAAGUAAAUAUUAAGAUAUUUUAACACUGAUUUAAAAAAAAGAUUUUUA